AGCUCGGCUCUCACUUUCCUCGCCCCUUCUCCGCCUCGGAUUCCUGACUCCCUCCUCCCUCCUCCACCGUCUCCUCCCGCCCGCUCGCCCAGGCCAAAACCCUAGCUACCCCGCGCCUGCGACUGCGCCCGCCAUGGCGUCCUCCGCGCGCCCCGCCGCCGCCGCCGCCUCCGUCUCCGGCGCCUUCGGCCUCCCCGCCGACCCCGCGCGCUGCUCCUUCGACCAGUCCCGCCGCCGCGCGGAGGAUUUGCAGCAGGACAAGAGGAUGGUGAGGACGUUCGUGAACGUGUACGGUGCGCAGGAGAGCUACACCAAGGAGGCGGUCAUGGCGGCCGUGGAGGAGUGCAUGAAGAAGCAGGCCGAGGGGCUGCUGCAUUUGCUCGAGGGCAUCGGCGGCCGCCUGUCGCAGCUCGAGCUCUACUGCUACAAGCUCGAGAGGUCCAUCGGGGAACUGCGCAGCGACGUCAUGGAUUACCACAGCGAGGGGACUGUCAACUUCCGGUGCCUCGAGAAGAAUUUGAGGCAGGUCCAGAAAUCUGUGCAGGUUCUACAGGACAAGCAUGAGCUUGCAGAAACACCGAAAGAGUUAUCCAAACUUCAAAUAGCGCAUGAGUUCCCUGCUAGAGUGAAUGAAGCCUCUGCUUUCUCAACAUUUGGAGCAAGGGAAAACGAACACAGCACACAAGUUGCAAAACAUGAGGUCGCUUUCGUGCCUCUUCACCAAGUUAAUGCAAUGCAAUCUCCUGCUAUCCCAGUCCAAAGCAGCAAUGGUUAUAUUUUGCAGCAACUAGUGCCUGUCUCUUUGAGCACACAGCCAGAUCAACAGCAGCCUAGUCAAGCUGCCAUGUUCUAUAUGCAAAGCCAAAAUCCUGUUAAGUGCACUGAGAGUGAACCAUCAGAAUCUGCGGUUCAUGUUAUUCAGCCACAAAUCCAGAAUUCUGAAGCCAGGGUUGCAGUUGAACUUUCUCAGAAAUCUAGUCAGGUGACAGAAUUGUACCCUCAAACCCAGGAUCAAAGGUUACAUCUGCCUGCUCAGCAGGUGGAGUCACAAGCAUGGCGAACACAGCCCCUUAUGGUGCAACCACAGCAAUACAAUAUUCAGCAAAUUCCACCACAGCUAGUUCAACAGCAAACAUCAUCUCCUCAGGCUCAAAGUGCUCCUCAAGUCACAGUCUUGUAUCCUCCAUACUCUUCUCAGAAGCCUGCGAGCACUACCGCAGAACCACUUCUGAGAAACAUGAUGGUACAAUCACCAUACUCUUCACCUCAGCAAAAGCAUCAUGAAGCCAUGCCUUCUUUUUAUGGCCAAGGCAAUACAGUUUUGCUUCCAUCGACAGACCUUAAUAUCCAACAUCAGCAGCCACAACCAUUGCAGCCACACAACCUGAGCUCAUGCCCACCUCAACCAAGCAAGCCCAACCACUGUAGUGUGGCAUCCUAUGCUGUUCAAGGUAGUGGCCAAACCUACAGCGCCACAUUCAAGAAUCCUUCUAACUGCGCUGCUACUGUUGUUGCUGUUCUGCCUCAGCAUCCAGUGGGUGCUCCGAUGGCAUUUCAUCAUUUGGGAUCACAAGUCGUGCAUAAUCAACCAUUUGGCAAUAUGUUUGAAACAGCUAGCAUGGUAGGGUAUCCACGGGAUCGAGUUGAGAGCGUAGCACUCCCAGUGGUAACUGCAACCCAACCUGCAGACUCUAUUGCCAUGGCUGAUAAGCUCAAUGCAGGUAGCAAUGUUACAUCCCCACGGGAAUGGUCAGGUUAGUGCAGAAUGCACCAGUCAUAUUGAGGUGUCUCACUGGUCUCUCAAACUCUCCACUUCUGUCAUGACUGGAAGCUUAUCAGCUCUCAUAGAGCACUUCAAUCUGUCCUCUUUUUUUUUUAAUUAGCAAGCAGAUUGGUGCAAAUCCUUCUACUUUUUUUCAGCUGAAGGAUCAAUCUGAAUAAGAAUGGUAGCUUAGUCAAGUGAUGACGCUGGCAUAUGUCCUCAGUUUUAAUGGACAUAUCUGCUUGUAACCUGGUAAACUUAUGUCUUUGCGGUAUGAAUAUAUUUGACGAGUUUACACUA